CGAGAUAUUGGGAAGAGCGAAGAUUGUAAAUCCAGGCAAACAAUGUCGAUUCUACCAUAUUUAUACGACUUGGAAAGACCGCUACGGUUAGUGCAGCGCAACAAUUACCUACACGAUUUCGGGAUCACACCGUUUCAUUUGGCGCGCGAAUUUUUCGCGCCACACCAGCUGAGGCAUUCCGACAACGCUUACCUACCAUGGGUAAACAUAAUCCGACCAAUUGAACAACUUUCUGCUGCUAUGAACCAGUUGGCUUUGAAUGAGGUUGACACUAAAAUUAGUACCGACGACGAGAAAUUCCAAGUCAAUAUUGACGUACAGCAUUUCGCUCCGGAUGAAGUUAGCGUGAAAGUUUUGGAAAAUCAAAUCGUAGUCGAGGGGAGGCAUGACGAGAAGCGAGACGAGCAUGGUUACAUUUCUAGGCAGUUCGUACGGAAGUAUGCGCUGCCGAAAGGAUGCUUACCUGAUACUGUGGAAUCAAAACUAUCAUCUGACGGGAUCCUGACGGUAACUGCUCCGAAAGUCCUAGCAUUACCUUCUACAGGGGAACGUAUUGUACCAAUAACUCAUACAGGUCCUGUUAACAGAAAAAUUCGGUCUCAAGAUUGCCAGGAAACUGAGAACAGCGUGCAGGAAACCGAUAACAAGAUAUCCAAGUGAAUGUAUCAUCGGGUGUCAAUGUAAUUUUCAAGACUGAUUCCAUUUAUUUUGCUACACGUGCUAUUUUCUA